CGAUGUACAAUGUAUGCUCGUGUAAAUCAGCAAAUACCUUGCAUCUUUCAAUUUGUAUACGCGUCGGAACAAUUUGAUUAAUUAUGCGAAGCAAAUAAAAAGCACUAUAGUGUAUAUAUUUAGCUAAAUUUAUUGAUAAGUGAGCUUAGAUAAUUUUAAGACAUGAAUUCAUAGUUAAUAGUUGCAUACAACAUAGUAUUUGUAUGAUUUCCAGAAUGCUUUGACGUUCAUAGAAGCUCAACGACGAACGCUACCAUAUUCAUCAUGGCGGAUUUAUAUGCGAAAUACAGUUGUACUUACUGUCAGGAAGAUAUUCCUGGGCUGCGUGUAAAAUGCGUGGAAUGUCCAUAUUUUGAUCUUUGUUUACAGUGUUUUUCGGCGGGUGCUGAAAUCGGCCAACACAAAAAUGAUCAUUCAUAUCAGUUUAUGGACUCUGGUACAAUUAGUAUUUUCAAUGGUAGUCGUGGAAAUUGGACGGCACGAGAACAUCUUAGAUUACUUGAUGCUAUUGAACAAUUUGGAUUUGGUAAUUGGGAAGAUAUCAGUAAACAUAUUGAAACACGUACUCCUGAAGAAGCAAAAGAUGAGUAUAUUGCUCGAUAUCUCGAAGGAAACAUUGGAAAGUACACCUGGCCACCUGCAUCCUUUAACUAUGAACCAAACCUUCAAGAUCAAACUAGCUCAGAUCAUGGACCACUGUCACCAGACUUGACUUCAAAACUACCUCCAUUAGAUAUAACGCCUGAAGAGGCGACUCAAUUAGGGUAUAUGCCACAGAGAGACGACUUCGAACGAGAUUACAAUCAUGAAGCGGAAUCACUCGUAUCGUCAUUAUUUUUGAAUGCUGCUGAAGACGAUGAUUUAGAUAUUGCUUUAAAACUUGCACAUGUUGAUAUGUAUACUAAUAAUUUAAGAGAAAGAGCCAGAAGAAAACGAGUUGUUCGUGAUUAUCAACUUGUUUCUCAGUUCUUUAAUUCAUCCUCUCGUCGGGAUCGAGAUCGUGACAAUAAAGGAAUUGUAAAGAAAAAACAGACUAAAGAAGAAAGAGACUUCAGAGAAAGGAUGAGAAUAUUUGCGCAAUUCUAUACAGCUCAGGAACAUGAACAAUUUUUAAUUAACUUAGAAAAAGAACGUGAAUUGCGGUUAAGACUUAGCGAACUCUACCGAUAUCGAGAGAAUGGAGUUACAAAGCAUGAAGAGUGUGCACACUUUGAACAAAUAUUAAUGCAAUCUCAACAUAAAAAUAAUGAGCCAGAUCAUCAUCAACAUUGGUCUGAAAAGAAAUCUGGCAGCAGUGGGCCGUCGUCCACGCCACACAUACUCCGCCACACAUCAAAAAAAAAAGACGACGAAAAAAAUUGCUUUUUCACCGGCCGAAAAUUCACUACAAAGACCGGCGAAUCGACCACCAACAAUUAUUUUCUAAACAAUCAAAGUCGGACGACGAGUCAAGCAGCAACAGCCGGCAAUCAAUCAGUGGAGGAGUCUGAUAAUAAUUCCAAUACCUCAUCAUAUCUUUCAGCUGCUGGUGGAGGUGGUACUAAUGGUGGCAAUUGUUCAUUAAUUACUGACAAAACUAUUCAAAAUGGUAAUCAACUAUUAGACCAGCAGCAAACAUUUGUUACCAAAUUAGCCAACUCACCAAAUUCUUCUAAGGAGUUAAAACAAACUGCAGUUCAUCUUCUUACACAACAAGAAAAACUUUUGUGUCAUCAGUUAGAUUUAAAACCAUCGCAAUAUUUAACUCAGAAAACUUUACUUCUUCAGGAGUAUCUUAGUGGUAGUAUUCGAAGUGCCAAUUCCAAUUUCGUUCGUCAAUCUGAGCCGGAAAAUAAAAUUCUGCAUUACUUAGUAUCAAAAGGUUGGAUUGCAGCCACGUAAUCAUCGCAUCAUAAAAUAAUUGCACGUGAGUGGGACUUAACAAACUCUUUUUUUUUUAGUUCCAAAUUUAAGUUGAUAAAUGAUGGGUUGUAAAAUAAUUUUAAAUAAAUGUAUGAUAGUUGGAUGCAUAAUUUUACCACACAUACGCACUUAGGUUACCACAAAUAAGAUGAAUGCUAGUGGUAUUUCGCGAAACUGUGAUUUAGCAAACUGUAUAAUAAUUUUAUUGAGAAUUAUAUUAUAAAUAAAUGAUAUGGUUAAGUAA